AGGAGGAUAGUUUUCACUGGUGGAGAAAAAAAGAAAGAAAAAAAUUUGGAGUUUGGAGAAGAGUGCGUCUCUCGUUAGCGGAAUUAGAGGCCAAGAUCCGACGCUGCUGCCUAGGCUGCCUCCAACGGCAGGGGUGGUUUCCCGAGUGCUGUGGGGAAGGGAGGAGCCAUCUUGUGGCUGCUUUCAGGGCAGCCACCAAUUGAUUCAUCCCCACUGUGGCAUCACCAUUGCUGGAAGGAAGGGGCGUCGAUUCAAUUCCAGGGCAAAAAAACCGUCCACGAGGCGGAGUUCGCUCCGUAAUCCAUCCGUCCUCAUUGGCCAGGAAUAGAGUGGCACCCGUGAACCCACCAUCUAUCCGACCAAUCCAAAGCCUCUGGGUGGUGACCCAAACCAGUUUAGCCUCCGUGGACAGAGGGGAGCCGUUGACUUCACUCUCCAGGCAGAUAGUGCUGUGCCGUUGGCUCGUGCCGUAGUGGUCCUAACACUAACAGGUCCUUGCCAAGCAAGGAAUCCCUGGAAUCCGUUCCGUUUCGCGCGGUCGAAUUUAACCCCACGGACCUGCCAAUUUAUACCAUCCUCUAAUCUCCUCGGCUAAGUGUUUUCGUGGCCGCCGACUGCGUAACCUGAUAGGUCCAGGUGCGACGACUCCAAACAGUCAGCAACGAAUAGUUUUUGACAAGUGUGAUCCUUGACCAGUGCUUUCGUGGACCCUGUGCUUUCGACGACCCUGGUCCUGCUCCUACGUUGGUGACUGUCGCGGUUUGGUGAGCUCAUUGGCAAAGUUGACGGAACGUGGACAUUUGGGGUGAAGAUUUGCUCCUGAGCCGAGAAUCUGACUGAUCUUUAAUAGACUGUCGACGAGAGAGAAGGUUACAGUGACACUGGAGUGAUAGUUCACGGAGACUGUACUCGCAAAAGGAACCAACGAACUCUCAAAAUACGCGUACGAUGAAAUCCUGCCCGACUGAGUCGAUGGCGUCAAGUUCCUUGAGAUUUGCGAGAAAAAUCGCCCAAGAUUUUAGAUAGAUCAGACUGACGCGUCAAAGUUGAAAGUAGUUGCAGAAGAAAGAAUUUGCGCUGAUGGAACCAUGGUCGAAGGAUUUUUCCAAAGAAUAGACAAGAAACUCGGUUGAUGUUGAAGGAAUUCCCGAAUCACGCCUUCCGACGGCUGCCGCGAACACGUUCACUCUGCGCAAAACCAGCGUGCCCAUCUCCGCGAGUUGUCAGUCUUCGACAAUGAUGAUCAAUCUCGCCAUGUAUGUCUAGAGAUAUCCUCAGACUCAGAUUCUCCUCGCGAUAAACCUCGAAACUACUUGCACGUAAAAUGUAAACGAAAGGUUUUUCUCGGUACGUCGUCGAAAACCUCUCGGUUCGGGUGACCAGUGAAGGAAGAACUUUUGGAAGAGCUGUCGUCGACGAAGAUUUGUCGAUUCACAUGAAGUUGAUGGAACCACGUCGAUUGUCGAGAGUAUAGCGUAGCAUCGGGGGAUCGAGCAGUGAAGGGGACCUGCGCAUAGAUGCAAAAUAAGUGAAAUCUCUCCGGCGGGGAGGCAACCAGUCGUCAAGUUGGUCCCAAACAUGGUCCUGGAACCAGGAGGUGGUCUGUCCUUCCCACUGCCUCCUGGUAGCGGCUCCGCUGGUUCCGGUGGUUCCCUUCUGACUCCGGCCAGACUGUUCCAGAGGGCGACACCGGUGUUUCCGUUUCACCUGACAGGAUGGCCACCGCAUCAUCCGGUCCUCGGACAGGUUCAAAGCCAAGUACAACAAACGAUGCAGGCUCAGCACCAGGCAGCCGCCGCCGCUGUCAGGUUCCUCAGUCAUCAUCAUCCUCAUCACCCGCAUCCGGCACUGGGGAACCACCCCCUGGUGCCGGCGAUAACUAGCCACCAUCCGACCGCCCAUCAUCUUCAUCACGGCGCCGAUCAUGCCGACGAGGAUGACGAGAAGAAAGGGUGCGACGGUGAAUCGGACGAAGGCGGGAGCAAAAGGCGACGGAGCAGGACUAACUUUAAUAGCUGGCAACUGGAGGAAUUGGAACGGGCAUUUCUCUCGAGUCAUUAUCCUGAUGUGUUUAUGCGAGAAGCUCUGGCUGUGAGACUCGAGCUGAAAGAGAGCCGCGUAGCCGUAUGGUUCCAGAACAGAAGGGCAAAAUGGAGGAAGAAAGAGCACACGAAGAAGGGGCCGGGAAGGCCGGCGCACAACGCUCAUCCUCAGAGUUGCAGCGGCGAACCGAUUCCACCCGAGGAGCUGAGGAGGAAGGAGAGGGAGAGGCGGCAGAAAAAAUUGCUGAAAGCUCUUGAACGACAGCAGAGGAAAUUGGCGGCGAAGGGUAUCACGGUGGACCUGUCGACGCUUCGCGCCGAAUGGGAGUCUCGGAGCGCCGCGGCGUCCAGCGGGAACUCGCUGAACGGCAGCCUGGGAAGCUCGUUCAACCACUUGGCGAACAACAACGAGAGCAGCAGCGUGUCGGGCUCCGGUAACGACGCGAACGAGGAGAUCGACGUGGUGGGUGGACUGGACUCGUGCAGCGAGAGCGGCAGCGAGAGAGUCGACUCGGUCGCCGACGGUUCCAUCGACGGCGAGUGUUACCAGAGGCUAGCGAACAGCAGCAACGAGCCGAACGAUCCACGAAGAUCGGUGAACCAGGUGCCGGGUAGCCUGCAGAGUCCCAACUCCAGCCUGAAUCUCGAUCACCUGAGCCAUCAUCAGCAGGGGAUCCAUCACUGGGGCCUGAGCCUUCUGGAGAGAAGGAGGGAGCUGGUGAACAUGAACAGCGCGGGCGGACCGCGUCAGACGACGAACAACGGCGGCAACCCGGGAAGAACGUCCGUCAAGCAGCAGACCAGCGAGGAUGAGGUGCAGAGCGGUAGCAUAGACCUGUCGGUGAAAGGGAGGGAGGAGAGGAAGAGGCUGAACCCGUUCUCCAUCGACAGUCUCCUGGGUAAUAACAGAACCAGCACCCCCGGAAUCCACAACGAAUACAGAGCCUCGACGCCGACCCUGUCGAACGGCAGGGAGUCGAGCAGCCCCACGUCGCCAAUCUCCGUGCCCACUUCGCCCUCCACCACGUAGUGAGCCAGGAGGAAGUCGGGUCCCUUCCAGUCGAAGGGUGGAUUGUCCGGUGGAAACAAACGACGUGAGUUUCGGUGUUAGACAACGAAGCGACGGGCCAGUUUCGCGUGGACAUUAUAUCGAGAACAACGAGAAGAUUUAGAAAGGUUAGGGAGACACACACACACACACACAGACACACAUACACACACAUACUUAGGAUAGAAUCCUGUUUACUCGCGAUAGCGAGCCUGAAGCUUGCGCGUUUCUUCGAGGACUUGCCCGCGAGGUCUCGCGAUCGAUCGAUCGUGAAAGGAUCGUCCUUUGGACGAAGGGUGAUUAUUCGAACGGUGAUUACUCGCUUCGCAAACGAGUUCCAGCGUGACUGUUUUCUCGACGAUCGUGCAGCCGACAAGAGACGAGUUUUUUUCCUUCGACUGAAUAACAAAAAAAAAAAAAAAAAAAGAAAAAAAGAAAAGCUUAUAUCAGUUUCGACAUAUCUGCAUCGAGUGCGUGAGUGACGUUGACGUCUGUCCAGCGUGUUCGACUUUCUUCUUUGUCCUGCGUGUUCGGGUGUGGAGAUCGAGACGAGAAUGUGCAAUAAAACGAGGAUUAAUAAAUACUCUUGCCCACUCUUUUUUUUUUUUUUUUUUUUUUUUUUUUUUUUGUUUCACUCUGGAACGUGUCGUUCUAGAAUAACGAUACGACGUGAGGGGAUGAGAGGUAGAGGGUUAGCAAGGAUGCGUGUGCGAGAGAACGACAGACUGCGCGUGUAUUUAAUGUAAAUAGCUCGAAGUAUGGACGAUUCCGUUUUAUUUAAUUGAUCGUAGCCGAUACCCCCGGUGUUCGUCGAGUCGCGGAUAUUAUUUAAAGCAAUAGAAAUUUCGCCUGGCACGCGUGUAUAUAACAUAGAAAUUCAAGAGGAGAAGUUUUAGGCAGCGCGCGAACGAUGCUGAGAAUUAAGGAAAGCGGUACAAAGCUCUGAAUUACAGGAUGUAUCUCCUCUUCUUCUUUUCUUUUUUUUUUUUUUUUUGUUUUGUGUGUUAUACGCGGAUACAUUGUAUGAGAGUGAGAGAAAGAGAGAAAAUGAGAGAGAGAUAUCGAAAAUCGAUAAAAGAUAAGAAGAGGAGAAGAGAGAAGCAGAGAGAGAGAGAGAGAGAGAGAGAGAGAGAGAGACAGAGAGACAGAGAUGUUACGAGAUGCCAUAAAAUCUGGGAUGCGAGACAGUAUCUACCGUAUAUUCAUUUCAAAUAUAUUAAUUUAUUCUCAACACUA